UACAAAAUUUACAGAAGAAGAAGAAGAAAAGCUUAAGAACUAACAUUCAUGAAAAUGGCUUUACGGGUCUCUGUUAUCGUUUCCAACGUUACACUUCUCUUCUUACUCUACCUUUUGAUUUACUCCAGUAUUCUUGUAAGAAGGAUGAUGAGGCUAAGAGAAACUAGGGAGAACUUUGAUAGCUAUCUGAACGAAACCCAUUUAGAUCGUAUAUUUGUGAAAUCAUUACAAGAGAAAACAGAGUACAAAGCUCCAUUGAGAAAUUCCAACAAUGGGGGAACUGAAAUGCUUGAAUCUCGGAAUCAAAGUCAAUUUAAUCUCGUCUUCUUGGCAUCAGCUAAUCCAUAUCAACCUGCAAACGGCACUACGUUUGAAGCACGGAGAAAAUCCAACUUGGAUGUUCGUCUGAAUUACACUCCAGUUCAUCUCAUCUAUAGGGCUUAUGCUGAUGUUGAUGUAGAUAAGGUCCGCCGCAGAAGGUUUAUGAGAGGGAUUAGCAUCGUCAAUUGGAGUCUUGUUCUCAUCACUUUCAUCUUAAUCGUGCUUCUUGCCUGCUUCUUAUUCAAUUAUAUAUGCUAGAUAACAAUUUUGAUGCAUCGUGAAAUGGAGUUAGAAGUUGAAGAAAUGAUGAAUACUCAAGUCAAAUUGGAUUGAAUUUUAGAUACGUAUUUCUGUACUGAGAAACAUAUAUCAUUCAAACAGAGUCUUGUUAUUCAUUCAAAUGAAAAAUGAGUGU